UUUCCGGGGGCAAAAACCUUGGGCCUUUGUGUUGGGGGCAAAAAACCCGCCUACCAGCUCAUCUGCUCCAUGGAUCCAAAGACAGGUACAUGGUGCAAUCCGAGUGAGCAGAGAGUGCUGCUUCACUCUCACGCCGGGCUAUGAUGCCAUGCCAUGCCAUGCCAUGGCACUCCCGCUCAAGGUCCUUCACUCCUUGGUAUCCCUAUCCCUAUUCCUAUCCCUAUUCCUAUCCCUACCUACUCACCACAAUCCUCUUGCACAGCGUGUGGGCGGGCGGGCGUGCGGCGGAAAAACCCAAUCGAGGGCCCACCAUCCACGCCUGGGCCUCUUCGGAAUUGAUGAGCCCCGUAGCAGAUCUUCAGGGCCCACGGGGCUUCGUGUUAUCGCCUCCCAAUCCGGUUACCCUGCGGCUCAUCUCCCUGGACCCUGAACCCUUUUUUUUUCUCUUUGCAACUUCGACGGCCAUACAGUGCGGCCAUGUAAUUCUCCUUCUCGCUAAACCCCCUCGAAAAAAAAACACAUCAGACUCAAUGACGCGUAGAUUUGGAAUCCCACGCAUUGGCUUACCCCCAUAUUCCUUUGACCCUCUGGUCGGCUAUCUUGCCAUGUCUCCCACGCGGCUCACCGCAACGUGUUCACCCCUGGGACAGCUAGGGCGGGCUGUGCGCCAACGUUGAAAUCUCGGUUCGAGACCCACUGUUACGUACCGCCAUAGACACGAAGGCGGUGUCUGAUGCACAUCGCUGCCCUCGCAACGUUGAAACGUAUGUCGGGUCCGUUGAGCUUAGGCUG